AUGGGUUUUGAUCCCCCAUGUGUAACAAGAAUCAAUCAUGCCAAGCCAUCGGCCAGCAUAGCUCAAUACCUGCAGGAGAUAGGCCGGGCUGGUAGAAGGGGUCAACAGAGCCAUGCCAUCCUCUAUUACAAUAAGAGAGAUUUGGCUGCAAAUACUCCUGGUAUACAGCAAGACAUAAUUAAGUAUUGUUCCGAUGACACCAGGUGUCUUCGGGAAAAGCUCCUGGAACCUUUUGGCUUUCAGAAAAGUGACCAGAUUGCCAAUGACAAAUGCUGCUCAAUUUGCAAGUCAAACUCUGCAGCAUCACACUUAUUGUCUGCCAUGGAAAAUGUCGAGAUAUAA